CUCGGCGGCGGCCCUGCCACCGGGCGGGACCCGGCCGCGGCCUUCCCGGGCGCCCGCUGCCGGCGUUGACGGGCCGGGUCCCGCUUCCCUCAGCGAUCCCGGCUCCCCUUCCCCGCGGCGGGAUGCGCUCGGAGGCGGCGCCGCAGCCGGGCGGGCUGGAGCGGUUCGCCAGCCCCGGCAAGGGCCGGGGGCUGCGGGCGCGGCGGCGCUACGCCGUGGGGGAGCUGCUCUUCGACUGCCCGGCCUACACCGCCGUGCUGGCCGUGGGCGAGCGGGGCAGCCACUGCGACGGCUGCUUCGCCAGGAAAGAAGGAUUGUCCAAGUGUGGAAGAUGCAAGCAGGCCUUUUACUGCGAUGUGGAAUGUCAGAAGGAAGACUGGCCAAUGCACAAGCUGGAGUGUUCCGCCAUGUGCGCUUUUGGGCAGAAUUGGAAUCCCUCGGAGACUGUGAGGCUAACGGCGAGGAUCCUUGCCAAACAGAAAACUCACCCUGAAAAAACGCAGUCAGAGAAGCUGCUUGCUGUAAAAGAGUUUGAGUCACACCUUGACAAACUAGACAAUGAAAAGAGAGAGCUGAUUCAGAACGACAUUGCUGCUCUUCAUCACUUUUAUUCAAAGCACAUGGAGUUCCCUGACAAUGCUGCCCUUGUAGUUCUCUUUGCACAAGUUAACUGUAAUGGCUUCACGAUUGAAGAUGAAGAACUCUCUCAUUUGGGAUCAGCCAUAUUCCCAGAUGUUGCAUUGAUGAACCAUAGCUGUUGCCCAAACGUGAUUGUAACUUACAAAGGGACCUUGGCUGAAGUCAGAGCUGUUAGAGAGAUUGAGCCUGGAGAAGAGGUUUUUACCAGCUAUAUUGACCUGCUGUAUCCCACAGAAGACAGAAAUGAACGGUUAAAAGACUCCUAUUUCUUCAGUUGUGAUUGCAGGGAGUGCACUACAAAAGAAAAGGAUGAAGAGAAACUGAAAAUCCGCAAGCUGAAUGAUCCUCCAUCGGCAGAGACAGUGCGGGACAUGAUCAAAUAUGCCAGGAAUGUGAUUGAGGGAUUCAGGCGAGCCAAACACUACAAAUCUCCUAGUGAAUUACUGGAGAUUUGUGAGCUGAGCCUAGACAAGAUGGGUGCCGUGUUUGAAGACAGUAAUGUCUAUAUGUUACAUAUGAUGUACCAGGCCAUGGGUGUCUGUCUCUACAUGCAGGACUGGGAAGGUGCACUGCGUUAUGGGCAAAAAAUUAUCAGACCAUACAGUCAGCAUUAUCCUGCCUACUCGCUGAAUGUGGCCUCCAUGUGGCUGAAAUUAGGGAGGCUGCACAUGGCGCUGGAGAACAGACCGGCUGGGGUUAAGGCCCUCAAGAGGGCAAUUGCCAUCAUGGAAGUAGCACACGGGAAAGAUCAUCCAUACAUUUCAGAGAUCAAAAAGGAAUUAGAGGACCACUGAGCCUUUGAAUCUAUGCAAUCCUUCAAACCUUUAUUUAAAAAGGCCUUGUUACGGAAACCUUCAGGAGUGCUUUGAAAAGUGAUAGAGUAUGAACACAGUUCUGUCCUAUAAUUGGAAUGACAAACACACUUAGGGUUUGCAAAAUGUUUCUAGCUUCUACAAAUCUACAAUUGCCUUUUUUUUUUUUUCUUUUAAAGGAAACAGCCAUGGUUUCUUAGAGGGUAUGCCUCUUAACAGCUCGUGCAAAAAUGGCCAAUUUUUCUUUAUGGAUUUUAAUGUGCAUCUUAUUUGUGUAAAAUAAAUAAAGCGGUCUUGACCCCC